CCAUUGUCUUGGUCACGUGAUCAACACUGAGUAGGUCAGCUGGUAGAGCGCUGGACAGAGGUAGAGCUGAUGGGACGGCGGCUGAGCGAGAGCCCGGAGACACAGCGCAUCCUCCAGCAGAUGAGACAGCAGAGCCCGCUCACCCGAGGGACUGAGACAUGAUGGGCUCAUUGCGCAGGAGCCGCAGCCUCAGUGACAACCCCAAGCCUGGACUGGCAGUAGCAGCCGAGCGCCAGCGCCUCCUGUCAACAUCGCCCUGCUAUGGCACAAGGUUGUGUGAAGGGUUCAGCCCGGAGGAGAUGCAGCUUCGGAGGAGGCUGAAGUAUUUCUUCAUGAGCCCCUGUGACAAGUACAGAGCCAAGGGGAGGAAGCCUUACAAGUUGGCCCUGCAGCUAAUAAAGAUCAUGUUGGUCACUGUGCAGCUCAUCAUGUUUGGUCUCAGUAAUCAGAUGGUUGUGCAGUUUAAGGAGGAGAACACGGUGGCGUUUAAGCAUCUCUUCCUGAAGGAUUACACGGACGAUUUGGAUAAGACCUUCGCUGUCUACACUCAGAGAGACGUCUACGAGCACCUCUUCUAUGCGGUAGAGCAGUACAUCGCUUUACCGAACCAAACCACAGCUCGCUAUGCGUACGUACAUUCCGCCAACCAGUCAGCGCUCUCAGUGUGCCAGCGUUAUUACCGCAAGGGCCACAUCGAUCCUGCCAACGAUACAUUCAAUAUCGAUCCCAAAGUUGUCACAGAUUGUGUUUACGCCGAUCCCUUAGAGACCACUCACCAGUACAGGAAUAUCGCCAUUAAAUUUCACAAAUUGAUCAACAUCACGAUACAAUUUCAGUUAAAAGCAAUUAACAUCCAGACCAUCAUUAAUAAUGAGAUGCCAGACUGUUACACCUUCACCAUCGGUAUCAUAUUUGACAACCAAGCGCACAGUGGGAGAGUAAAAAUACAACUGGACAACGAUGCCACCAUUAAAGAGUGCAAGGAUCCGAGUGUAUUUGGAAGAGCAGGUGACAACUACUCUCGGGUGGCAUUUGACAUCUUGGUGAUGAUCUCCUGCGUCCUCUCCUUCAUUCUAUGUGGGAGAUCCAUCAUACGAGGCCUGAGGCUGCAGAGUGAGUUUGCUACGUUUGUACAGACUCGCCACUCCUUGGUUGUAUCCUUGUCUGACCGGCUGGAGUUCAUAAAUGGUUGGUACCUGCUGCUCAUCAUUAGUGACAUCCUCACUCUGUCAGGGACGGUCAUGAAGAUUGGGAUUGAAUCCAAGACGUUUGCCAGUUACGAUGUCUGCAGCAUUCUACUGGGAACCUCAACCUUACUGGUUUGGGUUGGAGUUAUCCGGUACCUUAGCUUCUUUCAGAAAUAUAAUAUUCUCAUAGUCACACUCCGAGUGGCUCUUCCCAACGUCAUCCGUUUCUGUUGCUGUGCGGCAGUGAUUUAUCUGGGAUACUGCUUCUGUGGCUGGAUUGUGCUGGGACCUUAUCAUGUCAAGUUUCGCUCCCUCUCGAUGGUGUCUGAAUGCCUCUUCUCCCUUAUAAAUGGCGACGACAUGUUUGUCACCUUCUCGGAGAUGCAGAACAGCAGUUACCUGGUUUGGAUGUUCAGCCAACUCUACCUAUAUACCUUCAUCAGUCUUUUUAUCUACAUGGUCCUCAGUCUUUUUAUUGCCUUGAUCACAGGAGCUUACGAGACCAUCAAGUUUCAGAAUGCAGGAGAAGAUAAUGUAUCUGCGCUCAAUCAAUACAUAGCUGAGUGCAAGGACAGCCCCAACUCGGGCAAAUUCCGCACUGCGAACUCCACCAACUGUUCUAUGCUCUGCUGCUGUGCCGAACAAGCUCAAGAUGAAGAUGUGCAAGUGAAUAUAAAUUGAAGGUACAUUGCUCUUAUAAGAAGGAUGAAGGAUUCCUCCAUAUUGGCCUUUUAAUUCCGUUUUAAGGACUUUGAUUUUUAAAGCGUUUUGUUCAUAUUUUAAAUGACUCCGCCAAAGCCUUAAACCAUAGAGUGGAAACAUGGCAUCCAGGAGGCCUCCAUUAGAAUUAAGCUAAAUCUGUAGGCACUGGACAUUUUAUGGAGUUCUACAUUAUAAGUUAUUAGUUUAUAUUAUAAUUCAGUAUAUUCGAGGGUUAAGCUAAAGAGAUGUGUAAUAAUAUACUAAUGGGGGUGUUGGAACAGGAGAAAGGACUCAGGAUGCAAAGUCGAAGAAAACGCAAGUAUCAAGCGACCAAACGCACAACUGGACACUUGACAAUUAUCUGCAGCCAAUUAGUUGUUGAGGUGACACUGUCUUAAUUUAAUAUUUUUUUUUUUUACUUGUACUGUAUGGGAAUACAGCAGACAAUCUCCUUUACGUCUUUUAAAUGGCAGAUUGGUAAAAGUCUAAGACCGGCAGUGGUGGAACAGCUACAGAAAAAGCUUGAGCGCUCUUAUGUCCACCAGAUCUGGAGAAUCAUGAGAGAAUCCUACCAUUUAUUGAGCUGUCUAAUGUCAUGUGUCGUCUUGAAUUUUUAAUAAAAAAUAUAUUGAAUAUGAAAAA